AUGAAUUUUGAUGAAGAAACAGACAAAGAAUACGAAAAUAACGCCAUAAAACUCCUUCAAAAUCAGCUCUCCAAAGUAAAUUUAAUUUACUCCCCUUUAAAUUGGAACAAAAAAUCCUGUUCCAAUUUAAAGGGUUAAUUUUAUUUUUAAAAAAAAAAUUAUUACUAAAUUUUUCUAGAAUAAAAAAUUAAUCAACUGUUUAAUUGCAUUUAGUUAUAUUGUUUUUUAUUUAGGUCAAAACUAAUUUUAUAAAAAAUUAUUAAUAAAGUUUCCUAUUGAAAAGCUUUGUUCCAAUUUAAAGAGGGUCAAAGUACCUAAAAAAUGAAGAUUUACUGAUGUUUUGAUCCAAUUUAAAGGGAGGGAUUUAGUUAACAGUCCAAUCCCGAAGCCUUUGUCAAUCUCUCAAAGGUGAAAAAGAGCGGCUGGAAAGACUUUCGUCCCAACUGCAUCUCACAAAGCAACAAAUCGAUUUUUUCUCACAGGAAACUCACCGUGCCUUAGAAGGUAUUAAAGACGCCAACUGGCAAUUUACCAAAGAAAUAUGUAGCGAACUCGGAAAAAUAAAAAAUCCUACUAACACAUUGCUUGAAGUUUGCGAUAAAUUCAUGCUCAUGCUUGACCAAAAAGACAGAUCUUGGAAGACUUUUCGGGCAAUCACAAAAAAUUACAGCCCACUAAGAAGCCUUAUGAGCAGCGUCCAAGCAGAAAAUUUGACUGAUGAACAAGUUAAUGAAAUUUUACCUAUAUGAAAAAAGCAGCAACAAAUACAAGCAAAACUUCAAAAAGUCAGUAAAGGUGCCCAAGUAAUCGCAGAAUGGAUUUCUUACUCAGUUGAAUACAAGCUCAAAAAAGAAACCCUGACUUCUUCUAAACGAAGGCUGCCUGAGCUAGAAAAAAAGGUUAAAAAUCAAGUAAGCAAAAUUGCAGAAAUUAAUGCUCAGAUUUUGAUAUUAGAAGAACAGAUAAGUGAAGUGAAAAUAAAUAUUGAUAACUCCCCUGGCGACGAGGAAGAACAAACUGAAGAAGAAAUGAGCGUGAUUUCUAUGAGGUCGACCAAUUUAUCAGUUAAGCCGAAAAAUGAAGAAAAAGUGGUUAGCUUUGCACAGGAUGGGUUUGCUGAAGAAAUAGUUCAGCGAUCGAAUAUAAAAGACACACUUUCUGAGGUCCCAAAUGAAGGGUGUGAUAUUAAAGAACAAAAUAUUUUGAUAGAUACGCCUAGGUUUAUUGAAAGCAAAUUCCCGAAUUUUAAUUUGAUGUCGGAAGAUCUGUAUGGGGAAGAACCGAAAAAAAGCAAAGAAGACGAGGAUCAUGUAGAUAUUAUUUAUGAGGACAAUCAUGAGCUUAUGGGGUGCUGCCGAUCAAGGUUUUUUUGCUUUUAA